AUGGGGACAUGGCAUCUUUCGGAAUCUUGCGCGGCCAGUCCCGCUAGCCUAACGGAACUAAAGCGCAGGGACUACGAAGUCGUUGGGGACAGGUACCGAUUCCAAGUCCUCGCCGACGGCCUCGUGCGCUACGAGUGGGCGCCCGACGGCCGCUUCGAGGACCGGCCGUCCGCCUUUGCCGCGCGCCGGGACCGCGCGGGCUGCAGCGACUUUAGUGUCGAGACCACGGAAGACGGCUGGCUAGAGAUUACGACUUCACGGCUCCGGCUGACGUACGAGUGCGGGUGCGAGUUCAGCGCGCACGGCCUGUUCGCACUCGUCUUUGGUCACACGCGCAGCCUCUGGCGCUACGGCGAGGCGGACGACGACUACGCCAACUUGGGCGGGACGGCGCGCACGCUCGACGGCGUCGACGGCCGCGCCGGCUGGGGCACGGGCGUUGCGUCGCGCAGGGGGUACGCCAGCGUCGACGGCUACCUCUUCGCGUACGGGCACGACUACCCCGCCGCCGUCGCGGCGCUGUAUCUCGUCUCGGGCGCGCCGCCGGUGCUGCCGCGCUGGGCGCUCGGCAACUGGUGGAGCCGCUACCACGCCUACUCGGCGGCGUCGUACUCGGCGCUGAUGGGCGAGUUCGAGGCGCACGGCGUGCCGCUGUCGGUGGCGGUGCUGGACAUGGACUGGCACCUGACGGCCGAGUCGGACCGGCGCGUCGCCGAGGCCGGCCAGACGGGCUGGACGGGCUACACGUGGGACCGGGGGCUGUUCCCGGACCCGCCGGGCUUCCUGGCGGGGCUGCGCGCGCGCGGCUUGCGCGUGACGCUCAACGAGCACCCGGCCGACGGCGUCCACAGCUACGAGGAGCGGUACGCCGAGUUCGCGCGCGCCGUCGGCCGCGACCCGGCGUCGGGAGAGCCCGUGGCCUUUGACAUCACGAGCAGGCGGUACGCGCGCGCCUACUUUGACGUGCUGCUGCGCCCGCUCGGCUGCGACUUUUGGUGGGUCGACUGGCAGCAGGGCCGGCACUCGCGCCUGCGCGGCGUCGACCCGCUGUGGGUGCUCAACCACCUACACACGGCCGACAGCGCCAGGCGACAGAAGCGGAAGCAGAAGCAGAAGCAGCAGCGGCCGCUCAUCCUCUCGCGCUACGCCGGCCCCGGCAGCCACCGGCACCCGGUCGGCUUCUCGGGCGACGCGGUCGCGUCGUGGGCGAGCCUGCGGUUCCAGCCCGCCUUCACCGCCACGGCCGCCAACGUCGGCUACGGCUGGUGGAGCCACGACGUGGGCGGGCACAUGGGUGGCGGGCGCGACGACGAGCGCACGGCGCGCUGGGUUCAGCUCGGCUGCUUCUCGCCCGUGCUGCGCCUGCACUCAACACGAAGCGGCUGGGUCGCCAAGGAGCCGUGGCGGUUGAGGGGGGUGGACGGUGGUGGCGGCAGCGGCGGCGCGCGCGAGGCCGCGACGGUGUUUCUGCGGCUGCGCCACCGACUGCUGCCGUUCCUGCACUCGAUGAACGUGCGCGCGUCCCGCGAGGGGGUCCCGCUCGUCCGCCCACUGUACUGGGAGCACGCGGAGCGGGACGAGGCGUACGCGUAUGAGAACAGCUACCUGUUUGGGGACGGGCUGGUGGUCAUGCCCAUCGCGGAGCCCGCCGACGCGGAGCUCGGGCUGGCGAGGACAAAGGGGUGGCUGCCGCCGGGGACGUGGGUCGACUUCUUCCAGGGGACGCUGUACGGCGGCGACCGCGAGGUGUGGGUCAGCCGCCCGCUAGCGCUGUACCCCGUCUUUGCCAGGGCUGGCGCCAUCGUGCCCAUGGACGGGGCCGCCGUGCCGCGCAACGGCGCCGCGAACCCCGUGGCGCUCGAGGUGGUCAUCUUUGUUGGCGCGGAUGGGGCGUUUGACCUACACGAAGAGCCGGAAGAGGAGGAGUCGGAGCACCUCGUCGUCCGCGGCGGCGGGGGUCUAGAUAGCGACGACGACGACGACGAACCCUCUCCCCUCGCGCAGAUCCCAGAGCCGCGCCUUGACCUGAUCACGACCUCGAUCCGCUUCAGCCAAGCCGAGGGCAGGGUCGACAUUCAACAGCCUCCCCGCUCGCCCCUGGCGCCCGGGAGGCGCACCCGGACCUGGAAGUUGGUCUUCCCAGGCUGGCGAGCCGCGGGCGCCUGCGUCGUCUACCUGCAGAAUGACCGGGCGGCAGCCGCCGCCCUCAGGUUCGACAUGGUCAAGGACAGGCGCGGUGGCGGCCUUGUGAUCCACGAGGUGCCCCUGGGCGCGCACCUGGUCGUGGAGCUGGACGGCGGCCGUGAGCCGAGAUUUACGCGCGCCAGCCCCCGCGACGAGAUCCGGUCGGUGCUGGACGCGGCGCAGAUCGAGUACGCGCUCAAGGAGGCCGUGUGGGCGGCGCUGGGCGGCGACGACGGGGACGAACUGUCGAGGGUUGAGAUGGUGGCGCGGCUUGGGGCUGUCGACAUGAGCGAGAGGUUGCGCGUUGCCGUGAUGGAGCUGCUGGUUGCGGAUGAGGGGGCUGGACCGGUGUAGGCCGUUGCUGGAGAUGAGAGAAGGUCGGUGUGUUUGCCGCCUGGAAUGGAGGCUGGAAGAGACUGGGGAAACCGAGAUUGUUCUCGAAACGGAGAGGAAAGAAAAGGACAAUGCAGGAAAGCACUAUCCGGGAACAGGGGGCACCGCGCUGCUCUGGCACCUGCGACCUACGCGCAGAUCAGAUACACUCACCAAAUACUCUUAACAGGGAAGCAUGAUAAAAUUAUUC